UCGGGCCAGGACUUAGCAUUCACAGUUCACUGUGCAGCAAUAUCAAACACUUCGAAAUGGCAGCUAAGUUUGUAGUCGUCGCUCUCCUAGUAGCCGCCGCCCAGGGCAGCGCUAUCCACGGUCAUGGUCAGGACUAUACCAGUUUCUCAUACGGUGUGUCUGACCCCCACACCGGUGACGUCAAGAGCCAGCACGAGACCCGUGUCGGCGACAACGUUGUCGGCCAAUACUCGCUGCUGGAGUCUGACGGAACCCGCCGUACCGUGGACUACGCUGCUGACGCCCACUCAGGAUUCAACGCCAUCGUACGCAAGGACCCAGCAUACGUUCAUGCUGCCCCAGUUGUUGCCCACGCCGCCCCAGUUGUUGCCCAUGCUGCCCCAGUAGUUGCCGCUCCAGUUGCACAUGCUGCUCCAUUGGCAUACGCCCACGCCGCCCCAGCUGUUUCAUACUCAGCUCACUCUACCUCAGUCGCUCACGGAGGAGUUGCUCACGCUGCUCCCCUUGCAUACGCCGCUCCCCUCGCAUAUGCCGCACCUCUUGCACAUGCUGCUCCCCUCGCGCAUGCCGCUCCCCUCGGUCACGGAUACGGCCAUGGAGCCGCUCUGGCUGCCCCUCUCGCCUACGGAGCGUAUGGAGCCUACGGCGCACACGGUCACGGAUUACAUUACUAAGCAAUGACUAGGACCUAAUUUAUCAAAGUAUUUAAAAUUUGACGAUGUUGUGAAUGCCUGCUGUGAUGUGAAAUAAAUGUGUAUAUUGUGUACAGAUACUUUA